GUUCAUUUUAUCUGACUUUAGUACGCUAUCUUUAAUGUUGGUAUCUUAGAAGAUUUCAUUUUAUUAUUAUAUAUGUUGGCAGCCUGGAAAGAUUGUUCCAGCGAAAUUCGCUGUUUAACCAAAUUUAAUGGACGUGAGACUUGACUUACAACGAAAAUGAGUGAACUCGUGUGGGGAAUAAAAAAUGGUGAUUUGGAGCAAGUGCGGGAUAUCGUUGAGAAAAAGAAUAUUGAUGUCAAUCAAAUGAUUGAUGGAAGGACACCCCUACAUUAUGCAGCUGAUUAUGGCCAAAGUGAAGUAGUCAGAUAUCUUUUGGAAAAGGGUGCAAAUGCAAAUGUAACAGAUAAACAUGGAAUAACAGCAUUAUUAGCAGCAAUUUGGGAAGGACAUACAAAUUGUGUAAAAUUACUAUUAGAAAAAGGAGCUAGAGCAGAUGGAUUGACACCAAAUGGAACAAAUUAUUUAGAUGCUGCUGAAAAGGAUGAGAUCAAAGAAUUGCUUAAAUUCCACUAGCACAAAGCCAAACAAAUCAUGAAGCAAUAAUUUUGUUAUUUUAGUAUUUUAAUGUUCCUCAUAGGAGUAUCAUCAUUGCUUUGUCUUGAUUUUCUGCAUAUGACUAGGCUAUCAUAUUUAUACACUUUAAAUUAAAAAACAAAAACAUAUAGGUACACACAUGUAGUUUUAUAAUAAUAUAUUGCACAUCUGGAGCAUAUAAUCAUGAACUCAUAUUAUUUUAUAUGGUUACUCUUAGAGAUUUAAACUAUAUAUAGUUUCAGCUUUAAAAUAUUAUAUCAUACAGAUUGUUUUGCAAACUAACAAUAGAAACAAAUUUAUUUUUAAAGCAUGUAACAUUAUAUAGCAAGAGAUAUUUUGAUACAUUUAUAAGAAGCAGCAUCGUGUUUUAAAUAUUUGUUAUUAAUUUACAAAUAUUACAAAUUUCUUUUAUACAUUUUUUUACAACUACCUACUAACUAAAACAGCUUUUUGUGACAAAAAGUUAUAGUAUAUAUUGAAAUAUUUGAAUGCUUGAAUUAAGAUACUACAUAAUUUAAUUCAGUUUCAAGAAUGAUAUGUAUAAAUUAUAGAAAAGAAAAUUAAAGAGCUAUCUUUAUGGUACUAACUAUCUAACAUGUCUUAAGAAGUUUUAAAGGUGUAUAAUAAUCAAAAAUAAUAAACCAGUGCAUCAUUGUUAUGUA